UCAGUGAUGGUCGGGAUCAAGACACCCACGAAUUCUUGCUUUGCUUACUUCAACUACUGCAAGAGGAAGAAGAAAAGUCGGCUCGGAACUUUCCUAAUUCACCUCCUUUCUUGGUGAAUUCAAUCUUUGGAGGCCGGUUUUUGAAUACCACAUCUUGUAAUUACACUAAAUGUGAGUACCCUAAUGAAGAGGGCCAACCUUUUCUACAGAUGCUACUACCAAUCCCUGUUACUGGUGAUUCGAGUCGUGCUUCCAUGGUUGGCAAUACGGGUUCAGAAGUGUCCUUAACUACUUGCUUAGACCAAUAUAUACAGUUGGAAUUUAUCCCUGAUUGGCGCUGCACUCGUUGUGGUUACAUGGGUGGGAAUUAUAGAACUCGAGUUAUUCGUGCUCCUUUGAUUUUAACAAUUAGCUUCGGAAGGUUUAACGCAAAGAAUGAGAAGAUCAAUGAUUAUGUUCUCUUUGAGGAGACUUUUGAUCUACAACCAUACACGGACCCCAGGUUUGUCGCGAGUGAUAAGCUUGAAUAUCACCUGAUCGGUGUUGUGGUGCACGAGGGAUCAGUGGAUACAGGCCACUGUUUUGCGUAUGUGAGAGGCGAUAAAACUGUUGGUAGUGAAGAAGAUAACAAAGAUUUCACCUGGUAUUGUUUAAAUGAUAGCGUUGUUCAUGAAGUUUCCUUACAACAGGUCCUUGAGUCACAAGCGUAUAUGUUGUUUUAUGAAAAAAAGGAUUCACCUGUUAAACAAGGCUUGGGUUAUGCUACGACCAGUUCCGCACUUGGUCCUCCAGCUACACCUAGUGGGUACUAUGAAAACCGUUCAGAGCCAGGCCUUGGCAACUACCGCACUGCGUCCAUCAGUAACCAUGGAUCUUCAAAACAAAGGCAUCGACGUUCGAUAUCAAGCACAUCUGGGUCUGAUAUUGUUUAUGGGAGGAUUUGAAAUGGAAUGUUUGGGCUAGAUGGAGAUCCGACCAAGGAAGUGAGGACGAAUAAGUUACUGCUGAGAAGAUGAGUAGAAGUGACAGGUCUACCUUUAAUAGCAUGUGUUGAUGCAGCAUUACUUUUUCUUGGUAAAUCGAUGUUGUUUUUUUGAAUUGAAACUGAUUUUUGUACUUAAGUGUGUAAUACCAGGAGUGAAAAAAGAUUGGAUGGGGUGACUUUGUUGAAUUCCUAGAUGUCCCUAACAAUUGAAACUUAGUAAUUAAAUA